UAUUCAUCAUGUGCCGUCGACUUUCAAGGUUGCUGGGACUCGUAAUAUUUAUUAUAUCAGCACACGUGCAUGAUUCUCUCGCAAAACAUUAUCACAUAAAAUUGAGGCACGGAAGGCAUCGCCGACAACAUGGCGAAAGUUAUCUGCCUAGCAGCUUUAUAUCAGAUCCAGAUGAGCCUGAGAGAGGCAAUUGGGGACCAUGGUCGACACCCAGUUCCUGUUCGCGUUCCUGCGGUGGCGGAAUUGCCUAUCAAACUAGACAAUGUCUCGAUAUCGAUGACAGUGGUCGUGACAAGUGUACUGGUGCAUCCAGGAGAUUUUUCUCAUGUAACAUUCAAGAAUGUCUUGGCGAAUCGAAAGAUUUUCGUGCGGAACAGUGUGCGGAGUUUAACAGUGUACCCUUCGAAGGAAUUUAUUACGAUUGGAUUCCGUACAUCGGAAGUCCGAAUAAAUGCGAACUAAAUUGCAUGCCACGAGGCGAGCGAUUUUUCUACAGACAUAAAGUCGCUGUGAUCGAUGGCACUCCUUGUGAAUCUGAAAAGAACGAUGUUUGCGUCGAAGGCAAAUGCAUGCAUGUCGGAUGUGAUAUGAUGUUGGGCAGUGAUGCUAAAGAAGAUGCGUGUAGAGAAUGCGGUGGCGAUGGCUCAGAUUGCAAUACCGUUACUGGCUUAUUUGACACGGACGAUCUUCAAGUGGGAUAUAUCGAUAUUUUACUUAUUCCCGAAGGUGCUACAAAUAUUAUUAUUAAAGAAAAUUAUCCAUCCAACAAUUAUUUAGCUAUACGCAACACAACCGGACAUUACUAUUUAAAUGGCAAUUGGAGAAUAGAUUUUCCACGCAGUUUACGCUUUUCUGGUACAAUCUUUCAUUAUGCUAGAGACCCUCAGGGAUUUGCAGCACCCGAUACCAUUACGGCUCUGGGACCUACCAAUGAACCAAUUUAUAUUGUGUUGUUGUACCAAGAUCGUAAUGUGGGAGUGCAUUACGAAUACAGCAUACCCAAGAAGUUUUCGGCGCGUACCGAUCCAGAUAGUUAUACUUGGGUAACCGAUGAAUUCUCAAGUUGCAGUGUUAAUUGCGGUGGAGGUUACCAAUCGAGACGGGUGGCUUGUGUACGAAGGCGUGACAAUCAGCCAGUGGAUGAGAAUCUAUGCGAUCCGCAGUUGGAACCGACUGACACUCAAAGUUGUAGCGAAGAACCAUGUCCACCUAUUUGGGUGGAAGGUUCAUGGUCAACUUGUACCAAACUUUGCGGCGAAGGAGGCGAGCAGACUAGAGAGAUCAAAUGCGAACAGAUCAUCUCAGGUGGAAUAGCUUCCGUGGUGGAUGAUUCUCAAUGUUUAGAAAAAGUGGGACCAAAAGGACUUACGAAACAAGAAUGCAACAAAAAUGUAGAUUGUCCGCAGUGGCAUGAAGGGCCCUGGAAGCCCUGCGAUCAUAUAUGCGGACCUGGUAAGCAAACGAGAACAGUUACGUGUUACAAGAAGGUCGAUGGCAAGAUUCAAGUGUUAGAAAAUGAAGCAUGUGAAGAGGAAAUGCCCGAAAAUGAAAAAGUUUGCGAGCUGAGACCUUGCGCUGGUCUUGAUUGGGUUAUCUCGGAAUGGAGCGGAUGCGAGGAGAAAUGUGAUCUCAUCAAAGAAACCAGAACGGCUCAUUGCGCUACUCAAGAUGGUACAAUUUAUCCAGAUAAUUUGUGUGAUGAAGACAAGAAGCCAGAAUUGGAAAGAAAUUGUGACAAAGUUAAGAAUUGCGAUUUUCAGUGGUUCACCUCGCAAUGGAGCGAAUGUUCGGCAAAAUGUGGACACGGCGUUCAAACGCGCAAAGUGUUCUGUGGCACUUUUAGCAACGACAUUGUGAAGAAAGUUUUGGAUGAGAAUUGCGACCCCAAAAAAAAAUUUGAAAAUAUUAAAAAUUGCACCGCUGAAGAACUAUGUAAAGGCGAAUGGUUCGCAGGGCCUUGGAGCAAGUGUUCAAAGCCAUGUGAUGGUGGCGAUAUGACUCGUAAAGUAAUUUGCAUGAAGAAUAACAAAACCGUACCUGUGAAUCAGUGUAAUGCUGACAACAUUAUAUUCUCUACCGAAAGAUGCAAUGACCAAUCUUGUGAAAGAGGCGUGACGCCAAUCGACGAGGAGCCAGAUGAAAAAACGAUAGAUUCGAAGGAGGAAGAAUGUGAGGAGGAAGAGGAAGAAGAACAUGCUAUUGAAUUCGGUCUUCCUGCGGGAAAAGUGACAAUAGGCAAACUAAUAGAGCAAACAGAGGCUACAACUACGAAUUUAUUCUUUACCGGAAGUGAUACUUACGAUACUAUGUUUAGUGAUUCUACGAGAGGCGAUAUAUCACUUUCCGAAUUAGGUAGCGGUGAAGGUAGCGGUGACGGUAAUUUUACCAUGUUUGAUACUAGCUUGUUCACCGGCAGCACAGUCGACAUUGAUUCUACCGUUGUCGAAGAGAGCGAAAGUUCAAUUAGUGGAAUUACGACGGAAGACAAAACCGGCACAACCGAAUUCGGAACAGACAUAAAUGAAUCAUCAGACAUCACUGAAGGAAUUGACGUAACACUCGAAGGAUCCGGUAUCAGCUUCGAAGGAUCUGGUGCAUUCACAGACGAAUUUGUAAAAGAAACUCAAGUCUCAGUAUCGGAAUUCGACAGAACAACAGAACAAUCAACAGAUUAUUCCGUUACCAUCACCAGCGAAUUGGCUAGCAAUGUAGAUAUCGAAUCAACUGUUAGUAAAAAUUUAGAAACAACAAUCGAAUCCAGUAGUAUGACAACUGAUUCAGACGACGUAACAAGCAAUGCAAACAAAUCUGUUGAUACCGAUGUCACUAUCACUUCAACAGAAACAACUGAAUCUACUGAAACAGCUACAACAGCUACAGCAACUGAAACGACCGAUUCGACUGACAGUCAAACAACACCAACUACUGAAUCUACAGAUACGACCGAGUCUACGCAAUCUCCAUCAAAUACAUUUUCAGAAUUAUCUUCAUCAGAAACGGAGAUUACAACAACAGAGAAAAUAGAAACGACUGCAAGCGAAAUUAUCACAUCUGAAACAGUGAUGACAUCAACAAUGGUUUCUCAACAAACAACAGAAUUGAAAGUACAAGGAGAGUAUGAUUUCGGUUCGGAGGAACAGAGUACUGACACUAUAACUACUGCAUCGAGUCAAAUAGAUGAGAGUUACACUACGACAGUUAUCAGUACAGAAAACACUAUUGUUUCUGAGAUGAGUCCAUCUGGGGAGACUGAAACAACUGGUAGCAAAAUAACUGAAUCGGGAGAAACAACUGAGUCCAGCAUUAGCAUGGAAUCAGUUGAGAUAACAGAACCCGGACUAACGACUAAAUCUAGCGAUGUUACGACCUCAAGCGCAAUUGUCGAAUCGGGCGCAACAGAAUCUAGUGAGGCUACCAUCACGGUUUCUACGGAAAUGGAAGUUACAGAAACUACCGAGUCAACCAUGAUGACUAAAUCAAGUGAGACGACUGAAUCGUUAAUGACAACAUCAUCUUUUGAAGGAACAACAGUAUCUGGUGAAAUCAUUGUAACGGAAAUUAUGUCCUCCACAAUUAGUGAAGAAAUCGAUCUUACCGAAAAGACUCAUAUCACAGAAGUAUGGACAACCAGCUUCCCAGAAACAACGGCACACAAACGGCAAUGUAAACCAAAGAAGAGUUGCAAGAAAACACUGUUCGGAUGUUGCUAUGACAAUAUCACUGCUGCUCAGGGGCCAUUUGGUUAUGGUUGUCCGAUGCCGCAAACAUGCAAUGACACACGAUAUGGUUGCUGUUCCGAUGGCGUGUCACCAGCCAUUGGUCUCAAGAGCAAGGGUUGCCCAGACUCUCGAUGUAAUGAAUCACUUUUUGGUUGUUGUCCCGAUGGUGUUACUACAGCGCAAGGCAACGAUUAUGAAGGAUGUAAGAAACCAUGUAAAGAAACAGAAUUUGGAUGUUGUCCAGAUAACGAAACUGCAGCUAGUGGAAAGAAUUAUUUGGGAUGUUGUAAUGUAACUGAAUUUGGUUGUUGCCCAGGUGAUAUUAAAGCCGCUUCUGGUCCUAACAGCGAAGGUUGCAAAGAAGAAGUCACUUCUGAAACGGAGGUAUAUGAAAUAACAACACAAUCUAUUUUACCCGAAGAUUGUGCAAAUACCACUUACGGUUGCUGUCCUGAUGGUAUUACCAUUGCAACUGGUGUCAACUUUGAGGGUUGCGGUGUCAUUAAUACCGAAAAUUGUAACGCGUCCUACUUUGGAUGUUGUCCUGACGGAGUUUCCGCGGCUCUCGGACCAGACAACUAUGGCUGUCGCAUGCCUUGUCAGGACAGUGUUUAUGGAUGCUGCGAGGAUGAAAUAACGCCGGCACAUGGACCGAACAAUGAAGGUUGCUGUUUAUCAACACCAUACAAGUGCUGUCCAGAUAACAGCCUGCCAGCUCGUGGGCCAAACUUCUACGGCUGUGGCUGCCAAUAUACGAGAUUCGGUUGUUGCCCGGAUAAUUCAACGGUAGCGCGCGGACUAAACAACGAAGGUUGUGGCUGUAUACAUACACUUUAUGGUUGUUGCCCGAAUCGAUUUACUCCCGCUAGUGGACCUAAUUUUGGAGGAUGCCCGUGUUACACUUACCAAUUUGGAUGUUGUCCCGACGGUAUUGCUAUCGCUAAGGGCUCUCAUGGUCAAGGUUGUGGAUGCGAGAAUACAAAAUAUAAAUGUUGUUCAGAUGGAAGAACACCAGCUAAAGGACCAAAUUUUGCGGGAUGUACCUGCGACGCAUCGCAAUAUGGAUGCUGCCCAGACGGAAUUGAGGAAGCUCAAGGGGAGAACUUUGAAGGUUGUAUCACAGUACCUUCGAUGCCCGGUGCAACAUGUGGAUUGAAGAAAGACAGAGGUUCUUGUCGAGAUUUUACAGUCAAGUGGUUCUAUGAUACCGACUAUGGUGGUUGUUCAAGGUUUUGGUACGGAGGCUGCGAAGGUAACGAAAAUCGGUUCAAAACACAGGAAGAAUGCAAAGAAGUUUGCGUUCAACCGAAAGGAAAAGCUGCUUGCUUUCUGCCAAAAAUCGCUGGUCCUUGCGAAGGAUAUCAUCCAACGUGGUAUUAUGAUGCCGGUAGAAAGCAAUGCGGUCAAUUCGUUUAUGGUGGUUGCCUCGGUAAUGCUAACAAGUUUAAAACAAGAGAAGAGUGCGAAGAACUUUGCAUCACACUGAACGACAUCGAUCCUUGCGAUCAGCCGAAAGAAGCAGGUCCUUGCGUAGGCAAUUUUACAAAAUGGUACUUCAACCGAGAAUCGCAGACUUGUGAACAAUUCGUAUAUGGUGGUUGCAAAGCGAAUGACAACAACUUUCCGACAGAAAUCGCUUGCCAUCAACAAUGCCUACAGCCAGGUAGAAGAAAAGUAAAACUGUCUGAUGUAUGCACCUUGAAGAGAGAUCCCGGACCCUGUCCGGGUUCGGCAUUACGCUGGUAUUACGAUAUCGAACGUGUCACUUGUAGCCAAUUUGUUUAUGGUGGUUGUAAAGGCAAUGCCAAUAGAUUCCGUACUAUUGCUGCCUGCCAGCAACGUUGUCCUUCACAAGAUAUUUGCACGUUGCCGCGGGCGGAGGGCACAUGCAUGGAGAAGCAAUCUCGAUGGUAUUUUGAUCAAUCAGAGAAUCGCUGCAUGCCAUUCUAUUACACUGGCUGUAAUGGCAAUAAAAAUAAUUUUGAAUCUAGAGACGCAUGUGAGUCUGAUUGUCCGUCUAAAAUUGAGCAAGAUAUCUGCCUGUUACCCGCUCUUCUGGGAGAAUGCCAUAACUAUACUCAACGAUGGUACUACGACUCCUAUGAGCAACACUGUCGACAAUUCUAUUACGGUGGAUGCGGCGGGAAUGAGAAUAAUUUCGUAACCGAACAUGACUGUAUUAAUAGGUGUGUAGCGAUUAUCACCACUCCGCCUCCAUCAGGACAAGUCGAAUUCCAACUAGAAUUCUGCUUCUUAUUCGACGAACACGGUCCUUGCUCUGAAAAUCAAGUAAAAUGGUUUUACGAUAGUCGUGAUGGUGUUUGUAAACAAUUCCGAUACGGCGGCUGCCAGAGUAACGGUAACAAUUUCAACACUCGUGAAGAAUGCGAAUAUCGCUGCGGAGAAGUUCAAGAUCCUUGCAUUCUACCAGAAGUGAUCGGUCCUUGUGACGGUUUCGUAAAGCAAUUCUAUUAUGAUAAGCGCACUGAUUCUUGCUACGAGUUCGAGUAUAGCGGCUGUCAAGGCAAUAAAAAUCGCUUUCAGGAUAGGGAAUCUUGCGAGAAAAAAUGUAAACGAGAAACGGCUGCCGUUAUACCGGAGAUUACUCGAACAUUAGCUACGAUAACUCCGCCGACUGGAGAACCAAAGAGUAUGAUUUGCUUGGCGCCAGUCGAUUCUGGCGAUUGUAGUGACAGUAUUACCGCGUAUUACUACGAUGCCCAACAUCAGAUAUGUCAGGCGUUCAUUUAUGGCGGAUGUAAUGGUAAUGCUAAUAGAUUUCAAACCGAAGAACAAUGCGAGCGACUCUGCGGAAGAUUUUACAAACAAGAUAUGUGUAAUCUCGCUGUGGACUCUGGACCAUGCAGAGGUGCUUUCCGCAAAUAUUAUUAUGAACCAGGUUUACGUGCCUGUCGUGAAUUCAUUUACGGUGGAUGCGACGGCAACGCUAACAGGUUCAGUACAAUUUCUGAAUGCGAGUCUAUUUGCAUACAUCAUGAAGAGCCUGUACCUCCCGGAAAUGAUACCAGUAUUUUAAAUUUAUCGAUCUGUAAAGAACCAGUUGAUAGUGGAUCUUGCACGUCCGGUGCCACAAAGCGAUUCUAUUUCGAUGAGGAACGCCAAACGUGCCGGGCGUUUAUUUAUACCGGAUGUGGUGGCAAUCGCAACAGAUUCAAAACAUUCGAAUCUUGCAUUAACACUUGCCUUAGGACGAGUAACGAAAUUGAUGUGGAUUCGAAGGAUACGAAAGAUCAAUGUGCGGAGGCCAAGGAAGAGUGUAAUAUUAUCCGUUGUCCGUACGGUAAGGAACAAUACGUGGAUUCGCAGGAUUGCGAACGCUGUCGUUGUGUUGAUCCUUGUAGAACAAAGAUCUGUCCUGAAAGUACUAGGUGCGCCAUUACGCUAUUCGCUACGCAAGAUGGCACAGAAUACAAAGGCGUUUGUCAAUCGAUUGUUAAACCCGGUCGUUGCCCAAAAGUAUCCAAUAGCACAAGAUGUGAACAAGAAUGCGUCACGGAUGCGGACUGUCCUGGAGAAUGGAAAUGCUGUAACAGUGGUUGUGGCACGUCCUGUCUGGAACCCGUACUAGAAGAACUUUUGACAACAACAUCACGGUCUACUGUUAUCCCGCCACAAUAUGGUGAAGCUGCGAUGAUUCAACAAUCCGAAGAACCUCAUGUCAGCGCACAAGAAGGUGGUUAUGUUACAUUGAAAUGCGUGGCACUAGGAACUCCCAGACCAAUUAUCACAUGGAGAAAGGAUACUACAUUGAUUGGACCUUCAGAGAAAAGACGACGUAUACUACUUAAUGGAUCUCUCCAGAUUAUUAAUUUAUAUACUUACGAUAGAGGCAUUUAUGUGUGUACCGCUGAUAAUGGUUUAGGACCACCGGUAAGGGCGGAGUAUCAAUUAGACGUCACAGAACCAAGUGAACUUCCCGUCGCUAUUAUCGGAGAGCCCGAUACUCGUAUAACGGUGACGAUGAACUCGCCAAUAACUCUGCAUUGUUAUGCCAUGGGAUGGCCAAGGCCAUUUGUCACUUGGUGGCGUGGCGAUCAAAUGUUACCUCUAUUUUCGGACAAUUACGAGCAAGACACCGAUUAUACUCUUUUGAUACGCUCGGUAACUCUAACCAGCCUCGGUGUUUACACUUGUCAGGCGUUUAAUGGCAUCGGCACACCGGCCUCUUGGUCGACGACCUUGCAAGCAAUCGGACCUGUCUACAAUGUUAAAUCUGAACAUGAAGAGUACACCAAAUAUCUUGUCCAACCACCGAAGAGACCCACUACUGAAAAACCACAGUAUCCUUACAGACCUACCAGAACGCAAUCUCCGGAACAUCAAACUUAUGCUCCCGUCUAUUCCUCGAAACCACCUCACAUCCCUCGUGUCGUUCCUCUUGAAAUCACUACCACUGAGCCCGGUAACGCUAAGUUCAAAGUGCCGGUCAAAGUCAAUGUUUCGGCAGGACAAUCACAAUUCCCUGAAGGCAGUGAUAUAAGCAUCGCUUGCAUCGUCGACGGUUAUCCGAUUCCACGUGUACUUUGGUAUAAGGACGAUGAACUUAUUCGAACCAGUAAUCGAAUAAAGAUAUCUGAACUCAAUCGACUUAUCAUUAGCGAUGCAAAUCGGGAGGACUCUGGCCGAUAUCGAUGCGAAGCGGCCAAUGAAUUCUCUUCGAAUUCUGAUAAUGUUGAUAUACGAGUAGCUGGUAUCUUUAUUCAUCCCCAUUGCCAGGAUAACACGUUUUUCGCCAACUGUGAACUUAUUGUUGCAGCCAAGUAUUGUACACACAAGUACUAUGCAAAGUUUUGCUGCCGAUCGUGCACAGAGGCCGGCCAGUUACCAGCGAGAGGACCUCAUAUCGAUAAUUCGAGAAGAAGAAGAAAGAGAUUUAUUCCGCAAAUGCUUGUAUAAGAUACCAAAUUGACUUUUCGAUAUUUCCGACACACGUGAUAGCACACGUAGGUGAAUGCUAAAUAUCGAUUCUGGAUCGUAG